GAGCGGGGGCGGCGGAGGCGGUGGCGGAGGGUCCGUGUCUCCCCUGCCGCGUCCCCUCGCUCGGCUCGGCGGGCGCCAUGUUGGCUUGAGCCGAAGAUGACAGGGGGCGGCUGCGGGCGAGGAUCGCGCUGAAGGAGCGGCACCUCCGGCACGCAGCGCGGCUCUCGGAGGGUGGCCAGAGCCGCCGGCGGACGAAGCGGGGGAGGGAGGGCGGGCAGCGGAGACGGCGGCGGCGAUGCGAGCGGAGAGCUGAGGCUGCGGGAGGCGGCCGCCGUCGAACGCCCCCCGGCCCCCGCCGAGCGCCCGGGGGAGGGCUCUCGCCUCCGGCCGCCCUCCCUCCCUCCCUYCCCGGCUUGCGUCCCCGCCGGGCGCUGUCGGAAGCCGCGCACCGCCUAGGGGGGGCUGCAGCCCGGCGUCCUCCCCAGCGGCCCCGGGCCCACCCCGGCCCUCCCGCCUCCCUGCUCUGCCGCCCAGGGCAGGAGCCAGGUCUUGCCUGUGCACCCGGGUCGCCUGCGCCGACUGAGGAGGGAACGUGGAAGCUGCUGCCUCCGAUACUGACACCGGUUUUGCUUCUUGAAGAUCUCCGGCAGGCUGUUCUUGGUGCUGCUGUUUUUUUUUGUUUUUGUUGGUUUUUUGUUUUUAAAGUUGAUUCUAAGCCAUUUAGGGUAACAUCAAAAUGUCCAGCAGCGUUCCAGCUGAUAUGAUAAAUUUGCGCCUCAUCUUGGUAAGCGGGAAAACAAAAGAGUUCCUAUUUUCACCAAAUGACUCUGCUGCAGAUAUUGCAAAACAUGUGUAUGACAACUGGCCAAUGGAUUGGGAAGAAGAGCAAGUCAGCAGUCCAAAUAUCUUGCGGCUUAUUUAUCAAGGGAGGUUUCUUCAUGGCAAUGUGACAUUAGGAGCAUUAAAACUUCCUUUUGGCAAAACAACAGUGAUGCAUUUGGUGGCUAGAGAGACACUGCCAGAACCAAACUCUCAAGGUCAAAGGAACCGUGAAAAAACUGGAGAAAGCAAUUGCUGUGUAAUCCUGUAAACGCUGUUAGCUUUAUCUGCUAAGUGUGAUGUAAUAUAGUCUUUGUCUUUCAUGCUGCUGGAAUAGAAGAGAGGCCCUACCUUGCUUCAAACACCUGUAGGAAGAGCCUGUCUGUAAAUCCAUGGAACUGAAAUAAUUACACGAACACUGUCUUCAUUAGUUUCGGGGUUUUUUUCCAAAGUGAAAUGAACACUUUAAUUGUUUAUAUUUUUUAAUUCCUCCUUUUUGUUUGUUGAAUAAUCUUACAGUACAUCACUUUUUGAAAGAAUUCAGUCUCCAGAAAGGUUUGUGUUCUUUUCCAUAGCAGGAAUCUUUUCGCUACCACAAAAAUCUGCAUUAACCAGUCAAGCUUUCUAGAUGCAAUUUGCACUAAAUAUGGUUGACAGUAUACUUCUCAUCAACAAUCUCUAACAAUAUUUGAGACAUCUAGUAAUAACCCACAAUGUAUAAUGCAACACUGGAAAAUAGUAUAUUAAUAAUUAAAACAAUUCUCAUGGCCAAAUCAAAGGAAAAACUGUUAAGUCAAUUCUACCUGAGUCAACCUUGGUGGCCAAACUGGCACAGAAUACUAACUAAACCAAGUCUAACUAUAUAUAUUUUCACUGCAACAGAGAAAAAAUACUAUGUGCCUGUAAUUUAAAAGCACUCUCUAGAGGGCUGAUGAAACUGAUUUUUUUGUUAAUGUGUGCACUCUGAUCUCGUGUGUAAGUUGAGUGCUUAUUCAGAGAGCACAAAAAAGUGCAGAGAGUGCAUUUCCUAGCCUUAAUGUGGGAGGGGUAGUUUCCUGUAGUUCAUAGGCUUUUAUUAUUGUGCAUAAAUGUUAGAAAACAUCAUUUACUAAUCAAUUUUAUGUAUUUGAAUACUGGCAAUUGGUGGUUUUCAGUCAUUUUUCUCAUCCGUACCUUAGACUCCAGUGUCAUGCUUACUCAUUAGAGAUUUCAAAAUAAUUAUUAAAAUUUAAAAAGCAAAAAGAAAAACUUCUGCCAUAGUACUAGUUUUGUUUCUUUACGUAAUCUGCAUUUGGUAUUAGUGCUUGCAAUGGUAUUAAAAUCAGAAGGUGAUUUUUGAAGGCAUAUAUAAUUGAAAAGGAUGCCAUUCUUUUAUUUCAUAUCAAUAAUUUAAAUGUUGAUAUGCURAAGAAAUUUGCACAGCACUAAAGCAUGAGCUAGUUUUCAUCUAAACCUGUAAAAAAUAAAAAUAAAUACAAAUUAAAAAAUAUAAAAGAUUUUAUAUUUUUUCACUGGGGAGGAAUUCUUCCUGGGUGAAAUUACAAAUAUGUGUAGAAUAUAUUUAAUAAAAAUCUUAUAAAAUACAUAACUAUAGAAGUUAAAUAUAGAUUGGCGUGUAGUAUAAUAGAACAAUAUUCCAUAUAAAUAGCUUUAGCCUUUAAAAAACUGAGUCACAGGUUGACAUUGUGUUCUGUACUUAAGUGUCCACAACUCUUACAGAUGUUCUGUGUAAUCGUUUUUCGAAUGAUUGGCAUCAUUCAAAUGUAAACAGGUUAUUUUAUUCAUUGUUACUGCUUUGAUGAAAUGCUUUAUAUGCAGUAGAUUUACAAAAAUAUUGUUCAGACUGAUCAGAAUUCAAUUUGUAUAGAGCAGAGUUUUAAAACAAAUUGUAAAUAGCACUAAACAUUUUCUUUCUGCAACCUGUACUGAUAGACUCUUCUGUAAACUAAAUAAAAUAAUAUUGUAGUGCAUUUCA